UCAUCUCUUUCUCCCCUCUAUCAAACAAAACUUUAUCAACUCUCUCUAUCUUCCUUCAAAAUAAACAAAAAAUAUAAUACGUACACACAUUUAUAUAAUUCUCUUUAUAUAUAUAAAUGAUGAAUAAUUUAAACUUUUUGGCACUUGAAUUUCUCUUGCUUAUGAUUAUUUUCUCUCAUCCAUCAUCAACCCAAGCUCAAGAAGUUGAAAAUCAAAGCGAAUUUGAUUAUGUGGGAGGCAGCCAUAUGGGACCGGAGAAUUGGGGCGACAUAAAGAAAGAAUGGUCAUUAUGCAGCAACGGGACGAUGCAGUCUCCUAUCGAUAUGUCGAGUCAGAGGGUAGAGAUGAUGCUCAACUCUAAGAAGCUUAACAGAAGCUAUAUGGCUUCUAAUGCUACCAUCAAAAAUAGAGGACAUGACAUUAUGCUUAAAUGGGAAGGAAAUGCGGGAUCAAUUAGCGUCUAUGACACCGAGUAUAUUUUGAAACAAGCGCAUUGGCACUCGCCUUCAGAGCAUACCAUCAACGGCCGAAGAUAUGACAUGGAACUGCAUAUGGUCCAUCUUAGCAACGACAACAAAAUAGCUGUCAUCGCUGUUCUUUACAGUCUUGGCGAGCCUGACCAUUUUCUUUCUAAGUUGACGGUCAACAUAUCGUCUAUGAUAGAUGAAAAGGGGGGACGUGGAUACAGUGGGAUCAUAAAUCCCGGAGAGAUACAAAUAAGUAGCAGGAGGUAUUAUCGGUACUUUGGUUCACUAACUGUUCCUCCUUGCACCGAAGAGGUUCUUUGGACCAUUAGCAGAAAGAUAAGAACAGUUUCAAAAGAUCAAGUUAAACUACUUCGAAAGGCUGUACACGAUUAUGCUGAAAACAAUGCAAGACCAAUACAACCACUUAAUCAACGCCAUGUACGAUUUUAUGGUCCGAUCUCAAGAUAGUUAAGAGCGAAUGUUUUAGAUGAACAAGUUUCAAUAAUUAGUAAUCCGGCCAUUUUGGAUGUUUUACAUAUCUUUUAUUUAUAGCUGUAUCAUAUUUCUACCUA